AUGAACACGAGAAGCCGGAGCGGAAGAGGAGCCACGCCAUCGGUAUCCGAGACGACCGCCACCGCCACAGGAACGUCAUCAACGAACACAUCGGAAGAAACGAGCGGCACGACGGAGACAUCGGAGACCUGCACGACCGCGACGAGAACGACGAGGACAGAAGAAAAGAGCAGCUCGACGCCACCUACGCCGAGCACCAUGCCCGCCGACAAGUUGCAGCCAGCGCCGUCACCCGUCGUAGGAUACACAAACGCCGCUUUCGCGGCGCCAGCCGACAACGCCGACGCGCCGACGACCGCCGCUUUCGCGGCGCCAAUAAGCAACGUCAACUUAAAUACAGACGCCGCUCUCGCGGCGCCAUCGAACGUCGCCGUCGGGUCGCCAGCACGCCGCUCGAAGACGCUCCGCCAGGCAUCAGAGGUGCGGUCGCGGCGCUCCGUAGCCUCCCGCAAGAGACUCCUCGCGGAGUUGGAGGCGAAGGAACGCCUAGCCGAACUAAAGCUGGAACAAGCGAAGGCCGCAGCAGAACUAGAAAAGGCGCGGUUAGAAAGAAUCCGCGCUGAAGAAGAAUCAACAACGGAAGAGGAAGAAGAGGACUACGAACCGGAACGACGGGUCGAGUCGUGGUUGAAACAGCAUUCAAGCCAGCCACUGCCACCCGCCGCCAACCCGACUCGCGAGCUCUCACCGCCACGCUACAUAGCGAAGAACACCGACAACAAGGAAGACCGAGGAUGGGGGGCCCGCCAGGAACAGGACGACGGGCAACGGGAACCGAAGAAAGACCCGCCCACGCGGUCACCAGAAGUUGCGGCAAUUGUAACCGCCUUCAACGAAGUCGCAAGAAGCCAAAGGAAAGUAAUAAGAUACGGCGGUGAACUACCGACGUUCACCGGCUCCAGCAACGAGUGGCUAUCGUUCAAGGCAUCGUAUGAAGAAACUGAAGAGGGAUUCACCGACGGGGAAAACGUCGCACGAUUGAGGAAGGCGCUGAAAGGAGCAGCCCUAGAAGCCGUCACCGCCCUACUCAUAUCACACACCGGACCCGAGAAGAUCAUCGAAGCCCUGCAGAGAAGGUUCGGCCGCCCAGACGCGCUCGUUUUGGGUGAAAUGGAAAAAAUUAAAUCGCUACCACGAGUGUCGGACAACCCCCGGGAUGUUUGCAUAUUCGCAAACAAAAUAGCGAAUAUCGUCGCCACCGUCGAAAUACUAGGAAAACCAGAAUACCUGCACAGCCCGGAAAUGCUGCGGCAGGUGCUCGAGAAGCUCACACCGAUCAUGAAGAAUAAGUGGUACGACUUCGCCGCCGACGAACGAGACAAGACACCGCUACUGAAAAAGCUCGCAGAGUUCCUGAAUAAAGAAGCAGACAAGUGCUCCAGUUACGCUCCGUUAGACACAGAGACGGAGAGGAUAACAAGGAAAAGGACGGAGCGCGCCUACGCAGCAAGCAACGCGAGCGAGCGAGAAACAAGAUGCCCGGUGUGCGAGCGAGAACACAAGCUUAUCGAGUGCCGACAAUUUACGAACAGCGACGUAAAUACACGAUGGGAAAUAGCGAAGAAACAUCGAGUGUGCUUCCGCUGUCUGCGAAGCAAACAUCAACGAGCAACAUGCCGCGCUCGUCCAUGCGGCCUCAACGGGUGCACCAUGAAGCACCACAAGAUGCUCCAUCAUACAAAGACAGCGGAAAAGAAAAAUGAAGAAACGACUCAACCGCAAGCCGAAACGAAGAACGACGAAAAAGUCCUCGUGUCGGCGAUAAACAUCAACAGCGCUACGUCGGAGCAACCUACGCGCCGCCGCGCGUAUCUGAAGAUCGCCCCCAUCACCAUCACGGGGCCGAAAGGAAAAUGCGACACGUACGCGCUGCUCGACGAGGGAAGCACGGUGACCAUCAUAGAAACGGCGCUUGCAGAACAGCUGGGUCUCGACGGGCCACGCGAGUCCAUCACAAUUCAAGGUGUGAAUGGACACGAGAACGAGCACGAGUACAGCAAGAGAGUGAAGGCACGAGUACGAGGACGGCAUGAAGAAAAUGAUUACGUAUUAGACAACGCCCGCACCGUGCACCAACUCCACGCGUUCACGCAGUCCAUCCACGAAAGUGACAUCGCCCGCUGCAACCAUCUGCACGACCUGCAAGACGACCUGCUGUACGAGAAUGCAACACCGAAGCUGCUGAUCGGACAAGACAACUGGGAGCUCAUUAUAACACGUAAACUACGGCACGGCAAGAGGAGUCAGCCCGUCGCAUCGAAGACACUGUUAGGAUGGGUACUGCACGGCUGCCGUUCAUCGAACAAGCACCCAGUUUUGUUCUGUUCUCAUCUCUCGGAAGCGGAGAAGUCACCCGACACACUCGAAAAUAUGAUGAAGAAAUACUUCGAAUUAGAAUCCAUCGGCAUCGAACCUAAGCGACAGCGCAGCGACCCGGAGCAGCAGGCACUCAACAUACUGGAAAAGAAAAGUCAACGCCUGCCGUCCGGCCGAUAUGAAACCGGACUCCUAUGGAGAGACGAGUCCGCAGAUACACCGAACAACUACGGCGACACACUGAAAAGACUGAAGACAUUGGAAAAGAAAUUGGACAAAGACGGAGAGCUGAAGAGACAAUAUGAGGAAAGAAUCGAAAAUCUACUCUCGUCCGGCUAUGCAGAGAAGGCGCAGACUCCGCCCACCGGCGGGAGAGUGUGGUACCUCCCACACUUUCCAGUGAUCAACCCGGACAAAGCGAAGAUUCGUCUGGUGCACGACGCGGCCGCUAAGUCACACGGCCGCUCUCUCAACGACAUGCUGCUGCCCGGGCCCGACCUACUGCAAUCUCUGCCCGCCGUCAUCAUGAAGUUCCGUCAACAUCCAAUCGCCGUGUCCGCCGACAUCAAGGAAAUGUUCAUGCAGAUAAAAAUUAUAGAAGAAGACCGCGACGCGCUGCGCUUCCUCUGGCGUGGCGACCGACGCGACGACGGGCCGCCCGAUGAAUAUCGUAUGACAUCGCUCAUCUUCGGCGCCUCUUCAUCACCGUGCACCGCGCUCUACAUCAAGAAUAGAAACGCGCAAGAACACGCGAACGAGAGUCCGGCAGCCGCACGCGCGAUUCAAGAGAACCAUUAUAUGGACGACUAUAUACAUAGCUACGCGACCGAAGAUGAAGCAAAGGAGAUAACGGCGCACGUCGAUCGCAUACAUCGAUACGCCGGCUUCGAGCUACGUGGGUGGGCGUCGAACAAAGAAAACGCGAUAAGAAACUUUACGAACACCGGGGCGACCACCGUCGAGAUCGGCGGGAGCGAGACAGAGCGAACAUUAGGGCUACUUUGGCAUGUGAAGCAGGACUACAUAGGCUUUCGUGUCAACACGAAACGUGUACCACAAGAAAUAAUCGAAAAUAAGCGAACACCUACGAAGAGAGAAGCCCUCAGUCUCAUCAUGUCGGUCUUCGACCCACUCGGCCUCAUCGCGCCCAUCCUCACACCGGCGAAAAGGAUAAUGCAGGAUACGUGGAAGUACAACACCGGCUGGGACGACCCCAUUCCCGACGCGCUACAACACCGCUGGGAAAACUGGGUGGCGAAUAUACAGCAUCUCGACGCGCUCCGCAUCCCGCGCUGCUAUGACUACGAACCCGCUGCUGAGAGAGAGAUACACACGUUUGUGGACGCCAGCGAAGAGGCAUACGCAGCAGUCGUGUAUAUCAGAGCGACGCGCGCCGACGGAUCAAUACACAUCGCGAUCGCCGCCGCGAAAAGCAGAGUCACGCCCACGAAACCGGUAUCGAUUCCACGUCUGGAGCUGCAAGCCGCCCUGCUCGGAGCACGCCUCACACGAACAGUCGAGGAAGGCCACGACUUUGUCUUCAAGAGAAAAGUGUAUUGGAGCGACUCGAGAACAGCACUCGCAUGGAUACGCGGCGAGCCCCGCACAUACAAGACGUUUGUAGCGCACAGACUAGCCGAAAUAGAAGAUCUCACGAAGAAGGAUGAAUGGCGCUGGGUUCCCACGGCGCACAAUACGGCGGACGACGCUACACGCAACACCCCCGCUGACUUCGACCCGCAACACCGUUGGUUCACCGGUCCAGACUUCCUCCGCUAUGAAGAAUGCGACUGGCCGGUUGAGAAGAAGGAAAACAUCACCGACACGGGCGAAGAAAAAGAAAAAUGCGGCGCGUUGAACUCGUCGGACCCCGCCCCCGCGUUCAUCGACCUCAAACGCUUCUCAACAUGGACUCGGCUAGUGCGCACAACGGCCCGCGUACUGCAAUUCAUCGAACUCUGUCGUCGCCCCAAACAACUCGUCAACGCAACACGUCGAAAACGUACAAGAAAAAACGAAGAAAAGGACGUGACGUGGAAAAGAAAUACGAAAAAGAACAAAGAGAAAAUCGUCUCGCGUCCGAACAACGAAGAAAGAAAAUAUAUAAUACUGAGUGCGCGCCACCUACGCGCCGCGGAAAACGUGCUUGUGAAAUUAGCACAACAAGCAACGUACGGAAAAGAGAUAGCGAUACUACAGCGAGGAGACCCGCUCACUGAAAAAUGUCAAGGUCCACUAGCGGGAUUAAGUGUCGCAUUGAACGAAGAAGGAAUACUGAAACUACGAGGAAGGGUGAAUGAAGCCAGCGCGAUCGAGGCAGAGGCCGCAAACCCGACAGUGCUCGACGGAAAACACAAGUAUACGCAGCUCUACAUACAGCAUGUACACGAAAAGUUACAUCACGGCGGCGUCGAAAUUGUAGUAAAUGAACUAAGGCAAAGACUGUGGAUAACAAGAAUACGACCCGCGACAAAGGAGGUGCUAAAGAGCUGCCCGCGCUGCCGCCUGCUGCGCGCCAAACCCGCGCGCCCAUCCACCGGCGACCUGCCUGCCGCACGCCUCGCGCAUCACGCGCGCCCAUUUACAUUCACCGGACUCGACUACUUCGGCCCGCAAGAAGUAACCGUCGGCCGCCAUCGAGAGAAGCGCUACGUGGCCCUCUUCACGUGCUUAACAUCGCGCGCAGUACAUCUAGAAGUCGUCGCCUCGCUCAGCACCGACUCAGCGAUCAACGCGCUGCGCCGCUUCAUAGCGCGGCGCGGCUGCCCGGCCGAAAUAUGGAGUGACAACGCGACGUGCUUCCGCGCGGCCAACCGAGAGCUCACGGACGCGUGGGCCGCACUUGAAGAAGAAGCAGCAGCCCGCCGCAUCAGCUGGCGCUUCCUUCCGCCGGCCGCCCCAUUCAUGGCCGGCGCGUGGGAGCGCAUGGUACGCACCGUGAAAGAAGCCCUACGCCACACGCUUCACGAGCAGCACCCCAGUGACGAGACGCUCGUCACACUCCUCGCCGAAGUAGAAGCCACCGUAAACUCACGCCCACUCACUCAUGUGGCCGUGACCCCCGACGUGCCGCCCGCCAUCACACCGAAUAUGAUCCUGCUGGGCUCCAACUGUUACGUGCCGCCACCCUGCACCAUCGAAGAAGACCAAACAACAGCGCGCACACACUGGAAGCGCGCGCAACAGCUCGCCGACACCUUCUGGCGACGCUGGGUGCGAGAGUACCUGCCCGUACUUCAACAGCGGCGGGAGCCCCACGCAAGCGGCGCGGCCCCCAAGAUCGGCGACCAGGUCAUCGUGUGCGACUCCAAUCAUCCGAGGAACACGUGGCCCCGAGGACGAGUCAUCGCCACGUAUCCCGGCAAGGACGGCGAGGUACGAGUGGUCGACGUGGAGACCAGCGGCGGCAGAAUCCUCCGGCGGCCCACCAAGAAGAUCGUCGUGCUACCAGUUCGAAUCGCAGAGUGCGACGGCGGGAGAAAUGUGCACGACGAAACGUAA